CAUCACAUCUUCACCAUGUUCAACUGGUUCAAAUCGUCCAACAAGGAGUCUGCUCCCACCCAGCAGCCCACCUGGGAUGCCAACACCGUGACCAUGCAGCAGCCCUCCGGCCCUGAGGCCCCUGUCACCGAGCGGGUCGUCACCGGCCAGCCCGUAUGUGUCCUUCGCCCGCCACCCAAAUCCCCAAGCUCAAGCUAACCACCUCGCCAACCAACAGAACCAGCCCGAACA